GCUGAAUCAAGUGAUCAUUUAAGUACAAGCAGCGAUGAGAAAUGUAUUUUUGCCAUUAAAAAUAAACUCACUAAAAUUUAGAUGAUAUUUGGGCAAAACCUAAAUCCCCUUGUACUUCUACAUUGCCAAAUACAACAAUUUCUGGUGAGGAGUCAGCAGAUUUUGUGUCAAAGAUUGAAUCGCAAUUGUCACAAUAUAAAGCCUGGCAGCGUGUUCCAGUUGAUAGUGAUUUAUUUUCAUGGUGGAGAGAUAAUGGGAAGUUCAUUCCUGAAAUGGCUAAAAUUGCUCAAAUGUUGCAUUGUAUUCCCGCAACUUCCAUUUGUUCUGAGAGGCUUUUCUCGAAAGCGGGACUUAUAUAUGCUAAUACUCUCAGGAAUAGGUUUUAUUUAUUUGUGAUUAAAAAAAUAAUAAUUUUAGAUUGUCAGGAAAAACUGUCAGGCAAAUACUCGUAGUAAAAGCUAACUUGGAUAAAGUACUUCUUGCGCCUUCAAAUAAUAUCGAAUCG